ACAAGUUAUUUUGCCAUUUGGCUAUUCACCACCAUCGUACAUCACCUUUCCACUGCGCUAGAAAAAUCUGAACAAUUUUCAGAAACAGAGCCUACAUUUUGUCUAAUUUCUCGGGUAUCGAUUUGUGACAUUGAGAUUAAGCAAGAAUGGAAGAGCCAUCACCGCUUUCACUGGGGUUAGAGGUCAUAGAUGCGGAGACUCCAGGUAGCUGCUUUGUCACCUCACAGAAGGAGUUUACCCCUAUACUCAGCUUCACUCCUAGACAAUAUCAGCUUGAACUACUUGAAACGGCUCUGGAGCAGAACACGGUAGUAUACCUGCAGUCUGGGACAGAGAAGACAUUCUUGGCAGUGAUGCUCAUCAAGGAACUCUCAUGGUCAGUGAGGAUGCCUGUCAAGGAUGGAGGGAAAAGAUCCAUCUUCCUGGUCAAUUCAGAAUCUUAUCUGUCAAAAUGUGGCAACGUAAUCCGCACCCACACCGAUUUAGAUGUCAAGGAAUACAGGAACCGGGAAGAAAUGAGUUCAUGGGACAAAACAAAAUGGCAGGAUGAAAUCGAACAUUGUCACGUUGCGGUGAUGGACAGCGAUAUCUUCCUCAAGCUCUUACAGAUGUCCUUUGUUGACUUGUCCAUGUUCAAUCUGCUCAUUCUGGAUGAGUUUCAUCACACCCUGAACUACCUCCAUCCCUACCAUCAUGUCAUGCUCACAUUGAGAACUUGUCUUCGGGAAGAUUGCCCCAGGAUUUUGGGAUUAUCUGAAUCGGUUCUGAAGACGGACUUCAAGCCAGUGGCUUUAGAGAAGCAGAUCGAGUUAAUAGAGGAAAAUCUUAAGUGCAAAGCGAAAAUCGCAACUAAUUUGACCAGUAUUAGCAAAUAUGGCACCAAGCCCAAAGAAGCAGUCAUCCUCUGUCGGAAGUAUGGGGACUGCGUUGAGUUGGUGUCCAAGCUAUCGCAGCUCCUCACAGACAGUCUGGAACAGCUAAACCAGUUUGAAUACUCUUUCAAAGCCAAGGACUUCGAUGGGGAGCUUGUAGACUGUAAUCGGGAUCCUGUACUGCCAGCCAAGCAAGCCCUUACAGAAUGCCUGUCAGCCCUGAUGACGAUAGGCCCUCUAGGGGUCAAGAUCCUAAUCCCGAUGUUAGUCCGAGAGCUCCUGAAGCUCGAGAGGCAUGAGUUCCUUGACGUUCACCUUCUCUUCCUGCAGCACGCAGUGACUCAGCUGAGGAUGGUUGAAAGGAUAUGUGACAAUGCUCUCAGAGAAGGAGGCAACUUUUAUAACCUGAAGUUCCUGACUCCUAGAGUCAGGAGGCUGUUGGAAAUUUUGGCUGAGUUCAAACCCAAGGAGGCCAGUCCAGAGGAGAAAGCUCAGCAGAGCGCUAGCCGGGAAAGGACCAACAAAUAUGCAUCACGUAGGAAAGCAUUUAGAUCUCAUAAGGACAUGAAAAAUCCUAGAUGGAAACCCGUUGUCCCGGAAGACCAAGACGAGGACGAAGUGAGUGAUGAGGAAGAAGAAGAGGAGGAAGACGGACCCAAUGCCGAUAUCCAGCAAACCGGUCGCUCCACCACCAACCUCUGCGGUAUCAUCUUCGUGGAGCAUCGUUACACGGCGGCGGUGAUGAGCAGGCUCUUCAAGAAACUCUCCAAGAGAGAUCCAAGGCUGCACUUUCUCCUCUGCAGCUGCAUUGCCAUUGGCAGCGGGAGGCUUGGGGUGGCGAAGAAGUCGGCUGUGCAGGCUCAGAAUCAAAGGAGAAAGAAUGAAGAAGUGUUGAGGAAAUUCAGGAGGAGAGAAGUCAAUGUCUUAGUUGCUACCAGCUCUGUGGAAGAUGGUGUUGAGCUUCCCCGUUGCAAUGGCUGCAACCUCGUGGUGCGGUUCGAUCGACCUACCAGCUACCAGUCUUACAUGCAAUCCAAGGCCAAGGCUAGGGCACCUACAUCCCACUUUCUCAUGCUCAUAGAUGAACCGGAUGUACCACCAUUCCUCAAAGACGUGCAGAGCUACCAGGAGUUUGAAAGGGUUCUGAAUAGGAAGAGUAGAUCUAAGGUUCAGCAAAAAGAAGAGGAAGUUGAUCUUCUUUUAGCUGACCAGCAGAUGCCUGCCUAUGUCCCCAAGAAUGAGGAAGGUUCUCCCAGGGCCUCGAUGACCACUGCUAUCCAGAUUAUUAACAGAUACUGUGCCAAGCUACCUAGUGAUGUGUUCACCCAUCUUACUGCUUCCUGUAAGAUAGAGGAGAGGAAAGGUGAAGUAACCCCUGAGUUCCAGGCCACUCUUCAGUUACCUAUCAAUUCACCCAUCAGGGAGCCCAUUACAGGUCAGUGGAUGAAGCGUAAGAAAUGGGCCAACAUGGCGGUGGCUGUUAAAACUGCCGAGAUUCUACAUAAAGCAGGACAACUGAAUGACUUCCUGCAGCCAAUCGGGAAGGAAUCGGUCUUGAAGGCCACGGAAAAUGCUUUCAAUCAUCUCUUUGCUGAAGGUCAGACACGUCCAGGAACAACUAAGAAGAGACAGUACUAUGAUAAAGAGGUAGCGAAGUGCCUCCAAGGAUGCCUUCCAAUGCCAGAUGAACCUUGCUACCUGUACAGUAUUGACAUGUCCCUGGCCUCACCUCUACCAGAUAUCCUCAACAUACGAGAGAGGAAACUCCACAGACCAGAGGAAACACACCAGUGCUUCGGUAUUCUCACCUCAAAGCAAAUACCAAAGGUGCCUGGUUUUCCAGUCUAUACCAGGGCAGGAGAGUUGGCUGUGACCAUCAAGCUUCAGUCAGAUGCGAUACGACUGAGUGGUAAUCAGAUCAGGAGAGCCCAGUCCUUUCACGGCUGCAUGUUCUCAGAAGUGCUACGGCUUGACAAACCUAACCUAGAGCUGAACCCGGGGAAGAGUCAAGCUAAUUACCUCAUUGUGCCUCUCAAAGAAGCAGGUCCUAAUAGUGGCCCUUCUGUCAUUGACUGGUCAUUUCUUGAGGAGGUCAGCCUGAGUUCUGGUCAUCUUGACCAACCCCCUCAACUUCCGGAUUACAGCCAGAGCCAGUUUGAGUUCUCCACGGAUAUCCUCGCAGACGCCGUGGUCACGCCAAUCUACAGGAACAUCGACCAACCCCAGCGUUACUUUGUGGCAGAUAUCCUCUAUGACCUACCCGUGACCAGUCCUUUCCCGUCUGAAAAAUAUGAGACAUUCGUGGACUACUACUUUGAGCGGUACGACAUCCAGAUAUCCAACUUCCAGCAGCCGUUGGUAGACGUCGACUGCAUGUCAUCCAGACUGAAUCUGUUGACUCCAAGGUAUCUGAACCACAAGGGGAAAGCAUUGCCGAUCAGCACAGGUCAAAACAAAAAGGGGAACCUGCAGAAGAAGCAGUACCUGGUCCCCGAGCUCUGCUACAUCUAUCCCAUACCUGCAUCCUUGUGGAGGAAAGCAGUGUGUCUUCCAUCCAUCCUCUACAGAUUGAAUGCGCUGCUGAUUGCAGAGGAACUCAGGGUACAGGUGGCCGAGGAGGCUGGCAUUGGCCUGAAGAAGCUCCCAGAGGAAUAUCCCUACCCGAACCUGAGCUUUGGAUGGGAAGGACUUGACCUUGAGGCACUCGAGAGGCAAGAGAAAGAGGCCAAAGAAGCAGCAAGAUGCGAUCAUGAUGAAGGAAAUGCAAUAUAUGUUGAACCAAAGUGCAAUAACAAUAAGCAGCUGAAAGAGUAUGAACGUGCAGCUGAGUCUGAACUGCAGACAAGCGAGAUUAAGGAUGUUGAAAUGAAUGAGCAGCUGAACACACCAUGUGACCAAAGUAGACUAGAACGUUGUAGGAGAGAUGGUAAUUUGAACAGUACUAAUGAGAAUAAAGACACAUUUGAUGAUGAGAACUUUCACCUUGAUGAUGACGGCUAUGACCCACAGAUGUGCCUUGGACCUAGCCCUACUAUUAUUUUGCAGUCUUUGACCAUGUCCAAUUCCAGCGAUGGUUUCAACCUGGAGAGGCUUGAGAUGCUUGGAGACUCCUUCCUGAAACAGGCAGUGACUGUCUAUCUCUACUGCACCUACCCUCAGUUAGAUGAGGGUAAGCUAUCAUUCCUCAGGAGCAAGCAGGUUAGCAAUUUCAACCUGUACUGCCUGGGUGAGAAGAAAAAGUUAGCUCAUAAGAUGCAGGUAUCACUGUUUGAUCCUUCCAUCAACUGGCUUCCUCCCUGUUUGCUUGUCAAGGAGAGCUCCAAACCAGUCAUCAAGGAAGAGAAUGAAACUGACCAGGAUGCAGGAUUUGUCAUUGACACCUGGGAUCCUUCCACCGUUGAAGGUAUUGACGACUUCGACGAUGAUGACUUCGACAGCGACCAGGGCUGGGAGGAGAAUAGUGAUGAUUUUUCAGAAGAGGAGAUCGACGAGACGAAGGCAGAAUGUCCGGACGAUUUCUUUGCCAGGGAAGAGAAGGACGAGGAGCAGUGGUCUUUCUCUGUGGGAGAUCCUGACGAUGUUCCGGGGUUGACCUACACCGGUGCCAAGACGCAGGAUGUGGGAAGUGUUCCUCCUCUGCCGUACGAGAUCCACACCCAACACAGCAUGUCCGACAAGAGCAUCGCGGACUGCGUCGAGGCCUUGAUCGGUUGCUACCUGAUGUCUUGCGGCUUCCGUAGCGCCCUUCUCUUGAUGGCCUGGAUGGGGUUGGAUGUCCUUCCAACCAUGGAAGGCCACUAUAAGAAGCAGGAUGACCAAUCAUCUAACCAUUCGUCAAACCCUUCAGCUGAUCUUCCAGUGUCUUGCCGAUAUGGCUACCUGAAGCAACCAGAGUCCCCUCUCUCCAGGAAUGUGCCCAAUGCAAAGAAAGUACUCAAGGAGCAACUUGUUGGAUAUGAGCACUUUGAGAAGACCAUCAACUAUCGCUUCAAGGAUAGGGCUUACCUGCUCCAGGCCUUUACUCAUUCAUCUUACCAUCGUAAUAGCAUUACAGAUUGCUAUCAGAGGCUUGAGUUUCUUGGAGAUGCCUUGUUGGACUACCUCAUCACUCGUCACCUGUACGAUCACCACACCAACCUCUCUCCAGGGGCGCUGACCGAUCUCCGCUCGGCACUGGUCAACAACACCAUCUUUGCUUCCUUGGCCGUCAAGUUCAACUUCCAUAAAUACUUCAAGGCCUACACUGCCAACAUGUUCCAAGUCAUUGACAACUUUGUGACAUUUGUCGAUGCAAAGAAUGAAGCUUUGGGAAUGGAUUCGCAGCUGAAGUACAGUGAUGGAGAAGAGGACGAGUCCGAAGAUAUUGAAGUCCCUAAAGCUCUUGGUGACAUCUUUGAAUCUGUCGCCGGUGCAAUCUACCUUGACAGUGGUAUGUCACUCAAUGCCGUCUGGAAGGUCUACUAUCCGAUGAUGAAGCAACAGAUUGAACAAUAUGCCUCGGAUCUGCCAAUCUCUCCUGUCCGAGAACUGUUGGAGAUGGAGCCAGAAACGGCACGAUUUGGGCCACCAGAGAAGACCAUCGAUGGAAAGACGAGGGUCACCGUCAACGUGGUUGGUAAGGGACAGUUCAAGGGGAUUGGGCGGAACUAUCACAUCGCCAAGGCAACGGCGGCUCGUUUCGCCCUACGCCAUCUGAAGAGCCAUCCUCAGAAGUGAAAGUAAGACUCAACGUACUGAAAGAAAUUCUGAAAAACAUUACAAUACCGCUAUCCUUUGGUGAGGCAUUGAUUUACAUAUGCCACUUUUCACCCAAGUGAGUGAAUGGUAUCUUGUAGGAUGGGAACAUCUAUGUGGUUUCCUCAGCACUGUAUCAAAAUGAUAACAAAUUGGAAUGUUCACCAGGGAGUGGAGAAUGCAAGUGCAUUCAGUGUGGGCAGAUCUAAGUUUCAUGACUUGGCUAGUGAUAUCUCUUUGUGAAGUGAAAAGACAAAAUGCUAUUACACUGAUCUAUUGGAUCAUUAAAAUUUGCAUUAUUUUGAAAUGCUAACUGUAUGCCUCAUGUUUGUAUACAUAAUAAUGCAAUGUUCCAGGCCUGAGUAAUGGUAUGGGUGAAGAUUAAUUAUUUUCUCUUGGAAAGGGAUUGAUAAUUUAAUAUGAUUUAAUACCUUUCUCCAUCCCAUACUAUCACAGUGUCCUUUGAUUUCAUAAAAUGAAUUAAUGCAGUCAGGUGUUGAUGGAAUGAUUAUGUGGAGUACUUUGGAUCUGUUAUAUAAAGUCUUUCAGAUCUUUAAGAUGUUCACGCCUGGUAUUAAAAAAAAUACUUCAUCUUUUUAAAAGAAAUUUGACCAAAAAAUCAUGCUACGACACUGGUUUAAACUUCACUGCCAGCUCAAUCAGUUAUAGUUGUGAUUGGGUUGCAUGUGUAUGGUGAAGGGAUGCUUGAGAAUAGGUGAUUUCAAGUACAGUGUUGGCGUUGGUGUUGGAAUUUGGAUUGCUUUCCCUAGCUCCAAAACCUAUUCUGAGUUUGUAAAACAUCCAGAUCACAUCAGUGACAUCUCAACAACUAGUGAGUGACUUUUCAGGACCAUCUUCGUUUUAUGUUUGGUGUGAUACUGUACCAGCUGAAAUUUUCGCAUACAGAUAUUUUCGCGAAUCGCUACCUAUCAGACAUUUUCGCGUGUUGUUAAUUUCGCGCUUGAAAGUCACCCAGUCAGUGCCUAUACGAUCACUCUCACGUACAGCAAUCCAGUCAUCCCAUAUCUAUGCACAAGUCUAAGCCUAAAAUAACUUGCUGAAAAUUUUUCCGAAGGAAAAUACCAUUAAACUUAAAAAUUAUACCUUCCUUU